AUGUCUGGUCGACAAGCUUCAUUUUUUACCGCGCUAUUUUUCAUUUCUCAACUGUCCAGUGGCAAUGGAAGUCAGCAGUGUGGAGCCGGCGGCGACCUGUACUCCAUUUACCAAAUGAUGCUCCAGGGCCACACUUACAAGUCGUUUAAGACUGCACCGGGUACUCCGGAAUGCAGAGAGGCUUGUCUUGCUGAUGUCAAAUGUCAAAGCUACAACGUCGUUAUGUUCAUUGCAAUAUGCGAGUUAAACAACCGAACUAAAGAGGCCAGACCAGAGGAUUUUGUCACGAACAAGGACAGAUACUACAUGGCCAAAGGUCCAAAACGAGGUGAUAGAACAUGCAAAGAUUAAAAAGCAAAAUUGCAGUAAAGAUGGGGGAUGAGGGGAAGGGGGAGGGGAAGGGGGGGAGCAUUCAACUGAUCUGCGAGCGUGACUUUUAAUGUACCCAAUAUGACGCUGGGCAUCGUCUGACGCAUAUUUUUUGCAGAAGUGUCUAUAGACUGCUAAUUAUAGAGUAAGUCCUAAACAUUCCACGCAAAGUAUAUCUUAAGGGUAAUAGAAACAAACUAUAUGGGUAAUCUGACUUUCGUGGAUUUUACGCUGUCAGCAGUGAAUCUUUCUUACUCUUAUUCUGCUAACAUUAAUCACUUUCAUUGCAGUUCCCCUCGGAUCAAUUCGUGAGUUGCCCGCGGAAUCGUGCAAGGAGAUCAAGGCGAGUAAAGGCGGAAGGGUGGUCAGCGGUAAAAUUUAUUGGAUGGAUUCAACACGAUCUGGUAACUCCAUUUUAGCUCGCUGUGACAUGAAGACUGAAGGUUGGUACAAGACAUAGCUCUUAGCAUUUUGUUGCCAUGCCAAUAAGAGGACUUUUCUUAAUCAAUUUUCUUUGUCCCUAGUUGCAGACUAUUGUGUCAAACACCAGUGCCAAAACGAUGCAAAGUGUGUGAACCGUGAGACGAACUAUACGUGUGCGUGUAACUCAUCUGGCUGGACAGGAAAAUAUUGUGAAAUAGGUUCGCCUUUUGUUAAAAUCAUCUCCCAUUUUUAGGAGCAUGUUAAACAAAUAAGAUGAGGGAUGCUUAAUUAAGAUAUGUUUAUCCACAGAUGUCAACGAAUGCGUGGAAGGUCUUCAUGGUUGUGAUCCCAACGCCAUUUGUGAUAAUACUGUGGGUUCCUACAACUGCACAUGUAGACCAGGAUUAAUUGGAGACGGAAGAAACAGCUGCAUCAGUACAAGUAAGGAUGUAAACCACUUUGUGUGGAGACGUUGUUGGAGGGAUAAGCUAGAAAUUACUGCGUACUAUUGUACAUUUUGACUACUACAAUAGUUGAUUAUUUCUUUUUUUUUGUUUUUAUUGUUCCACAAAUCGCGCAAGAAUUAUGCACUUUUGAACAACAAUCAUCAUUUUAUUGCUCGUGACUGAUAUUGUCACACAUACUUACCUAAAAACCAAUCAGGAUGCGUUUCGUUUCUGGUCAAGGAAUUCUAGAAUUAAAAGAAACUCAAGGAAAAAGAACAGUUGGGAAAUGGCGACUACCUUCCCUUAUCAUGUGCAUGUAUAGUCCGAAAGAAUAUUUCUCUACAAACGAAUAGCAGCAUCUUAACAAUUAUUACUAAUCAGUUAACUCACAUUGGUGGGAAGAUUAUGCUUUUCAUUUAGGAAAAAACCGCAUCUCCUUCUUUAGGUCAUUCUUGUGAGGAAAUUCGGAACGCAAGUUCCCAUCUUAAAGACGGGGAGUACUGGAUCGCUCUUAAGAAGAACGGAAGCCUUUUAAAGGUUUACUGUGAUAUGACAACCGAUGGAGGUAGUGAAUGGAUGUUUAAGAAAAACUAAUAACGAUAACAGUGGUUUUUUUUUUUACUUCUGUACAAACUGUCCUUCUAUAAUUAAUGGAAUGCAAUAUUAUUUUGCAAAAUAAAGAAUUUCAGUUCAUUUCAUUUCUUUUUUCCAGGAGGUUGGCUUCUGGUUUCCAACGUUGUCGUCGGCAACCUAUCUUUGCUACAGUUUUCAGAGGAAUCAUCAUACCAUGAAAUAAGUAAAUGUCACAACAAGUCCUUGUUACUCACGACAGAUGCCAUGAAGGAACUGAGAACACACUUGUCUUUCACUCAGUUGAGAUUCCACUGCAGCAAAAACAAGGGACGUACUCUCCAUUUGACUACGGCUGGUAACAGCAGUGGUGAAGCAGUAGUACAAUACUUCAGUGGUCAGACAGAUGCCAAUCCGAAAGCGUGUGGCUCGUUUGUGAGGAUGAAUGAUGACAACUCGAAGUUAGCAGCUGAUUGUAAUCAAUGGGGCAAUAAAGAGUGGGGAUACCCUUUUAAAGGAAAAAAGAGAAAUCUAUUCGUUGCUCGUGUCCACGGGAAAUAUCGCUGGUUUUUAAAAGGGAGCUCAAGAUGGGAAUGUGACGACUUAAUCAACAAUGAUACAGAACAUUUUGGAUUGUCCACAGGUGACUUCUGGAGGGUUUUUGUUCGUUAA